AUGAAGGGAACGCUGGUUAGUAUUGUACUUCUGGCAAUCAAGGCUCAAUUGGCUCGAGCAGGUGAAGAUGGUGGUCCGUUAGAUGAAGGUGAGCCCGGGGAUGAAACGCCGAUUCCUGAUGAUCCGGAGGAUGUGAACCCAAUUACGGAAGAGAUGUUCUCUUCUUGGGCACUCUUUAUCUUGCUCUUCCUUCUUAUAGCAGCAUUGUGGUCCUCAUAUAUGUUAACAAGGAAACGGGUCAGAGCUGUUCACGAAACCGUGUUAUCGAUUUUUUACGGAAUGCUAGUCGGUCUCAUCAUCAGAUUGACCCCAGGUCAUUACAUUCAGGACACGGUAACGUUCAAUUCGUCGUAUUUCUUUAACGUAUUACUACCGCCGAUCAUUUUGAAUUCUGGGUAUGAGUUGAAUCAGGUUAAUUUCUUUAAUAACAUCGUUUCGAUCCUAACGUUUGCAAUUCCUGGAACUUUAAUAUCUGCUGUUGUGCUUGGGACAAUCUUGUUCAUUUGGACUUCUCUAGGGCUUGAGGGUAUCAACAUAUCAUUCGUCGAUGCAUUAUCCGUAGGGGCCACAUUGUCAGCAACCGAUCCAGUGACUAUCUUGUCGAUUUUCAAUGCAUACAAAGUGGAUCCCAAACUUUACACUAUCAUUUUUGGUGAAUCUCUACUUAACGAUGCAAUUUCUAUUGUCAUGUUCGAAACUUGUCAGAAAUUCCAUGGUAAAAAAUUACAAUUCAGUUCAUUCUUCGAAGGUAUCGGAAUGUUUAUGAUGACUUUCACAGUAUCCCUGUUGAUCGGAUGCAUGAUUGGGAUGCUUGUCGCAUUGUUUUUGAAGCACACUUACAUUAGAAGAUAUCCACAGAUUGAAAGUUGUAUCAUCCUUCUAGUAGCUUACCAAUCUUACUUCUUCUCCAACGGUUGUCAUAUGUCCGGAAUCGUAUCUCUAUUAUUCUGCGGCAUAACUUUGAAACAUUACGCAUAUUAUAAUAUGUCCAGAAGAACUCAAGUUACUUUAAAAUACAUUUUCCAACUACUUGCAAGAUUAUCAGAAAACUUUAUCUUUAUUUAUCUUGGCCUAGCUUUGUUCACCGAAGUGGAAUUGGUGUACAAGCCAAUGUUGAUCAUUAUUACAGCAAUAUCCAUAUGUGUGGCACGUUGGUCAGCGGUACUUCCGUUGUCUAAUUUCGUUAAUUGGUUUUACAGAAUGAAAACUCUCAGAUCAAUGGGUUUGAAUGCGAACUCUGAAUCCGAAUAUUCAAUUCCAGAUGAAAUUCCUUACCAAUACCAGAUGAUGGUGUUUUGGGCUGGUCUUAGGGGUGCUGUUGGUGUUGCAUUAGCCAUGGGUAUCCAAGGUGAAUUCAAAUUUACCCUAUUAGCUACUGUUCUUGUUGUUGUUGUUUUAACCGUUAUAAUUUUCGGUGGGACUACAGCUAGUAUGCUAGAGAUUCUCAACAUUAAGACCGGCUGUGUAGAUGAGAAUGAUAUUAGUGACGAUGAAUUUGACAUUGAAGCACCCCGUCCAAUCUCUUUAGCUAAUAGCAGUUUGAACUUGUCGACAGACUUCAGAUCUGAUUUCCCACCGUUGGCUACAAGCGUCAAUGCCGCUGCAGGUAUAAUAUCGCCCGAAGACACUCCAAGUCAACAAUUAAAUGGCCCGAGGUUCUCAUUUGAUGGUGCUCAAAUAAGAAGCUCCGUUGACAAAAUUUUCCAGCAGGAUCAAUGGUUUGCAAACUUUGAUGAGCAGGUCCUAAAACCAGUAUUUUUGGACAAUAAUUCCGCAAUACCUUCUCAAACAAAUACUAAAUCAUCAAACUCCCCAAAUGACAUGUCAGUUCGACGGACGUUGUGA